GAAACUUUUACCUCACAGUGAAGAAGUGAGCACAAAGAGAUCAGAUUGGUUUAUACUAGCUCGUAAAAACGAUAUUAGACAUUGGAUAUUAGGACUCAAUAUCAACGUUGACAACUGGACCGUUUUGUUUGUAAGGGCUUGACCCGCGCUCUCUGAACUUUGCCAUUGUAUCACGCUCUUACCGAGUUGUUGUUGUAAUUAUCUCUCUGGUGUGGCUGUCGGUCGUUGUGUUACAAUGUCUACGCCGUCUAGUGCUCCUCAAGCUGAAACACCAGCUUCUGAUAUGGAGAGUGUUUGCAGGUGGGUGGCUUCUCUGCCAAAUAUGGAAACCAGAGAAGUCGCUCUCCUCGAGCUAUGCAAAAGGAGGGAGUCAGUUCCUGAGUUGGCUCCCAUUCUCUGGCACGCAUUCGGAGUUGUAGCUGCCUUGCUACAAGAGAUAUGCUCUAUAUAUCCAUUCCUAAAUCCCCCAAACCUGAGCGCACACCAAUCCAACCGUGUUUGUAAUGCGCUGGCCCUCAUGCAGUGCCUGGCAUCCCAUCCAGAAACCAGAAAGGAGUUUCUGAAGGCCAACAUACCUCUGUACCUUUAUACCUUUCUGAAUACAAAUAAUCAAACGCGUCCAUUCGAGUACUUAAGGUUGACUAGUCUUGGAGUGAUUGGUGCACUUGUCAAAACGGAUGAACCAGAGGUCAUAGCAUUUCUCCUGGGGUCGGAAAUCAUACCUCUUUGUCUGGUAAUCAUGGAAUCAGGAAGUGAACUAAGUAGAACUGUGGCGACCUUCAUCAUGCAGAAGCUUCUUUUGGAUGAAGUCGGCCUGGCAUACAUCUGUCAAACUUAUGAGCGUUUCGUUCACGUAACCACUGUUUUGGAGAAAAUGGUGAUCGACUUGGCUAGAGAGCAGUCAUUACGCCUUUUGAAACACGUGAUUCGGUGCUACCUACGUCUUUCAGAUAAUUCGCGUGCGCGUGAUGCUCUUCGAGCAUGUUUGCCACAACAGCUCACAGAUGGCACGUUCAGUGGUUUGCUGGAGAAUGAUGUGGCUACUAGACGAUGGCUCACACAGUUGAUUCGUCAGCUGUCUGUUCACACAGUUGGAUCUGCAGCGACUGCUAGUACUACCGCUUCUAGUGUUGGUUCCAUGGAUGUUACCACACUAAAUGCCGUUAGUGGUACUCUCACCUGCCUUCCGUCAACUACAACGGUUCCUUCUUCCGUGACUACUGCUGCACCUAGUGUUGACAUUUCUGGAACGUCUGUUGCAAGUGGAGUUACAAGUGCUUCUGUGAGUGGGUCAGGAGCAUCUGUAUCUUCGUCAUCUACACAAGGUGUGAACUCUGUGACAUCUACGAGCAGUUGAUGGACUUACGUAUAACCCUGGGAAUGACAUUAUACACAAUGUAUAUGUGCUUUCGAUUUCUAUUUUAAUUGAGUUACUUUCACUCCCUAGUGCUUGACAUGCCUAUUAUCUAGUUUUUUGAUGAUAAGUUUUCCACUUUAUUCCUAACGUGAUUGUAAUUUUGCAUUAUCUCUGUAUGGAUCCUUGUUCUGAUAGAUUUAUUAAUGUCCAUAUGUUUUAUGCUACUAAAUACAUCAUACGUGUCCGGA